AUGCACACGCUCGAUAUCCAUUCUGCCACCACGGAAGAGAUUCUCUCUCUCGAAAACAUUCGCUCCGUCCUCAUCCGACUCGAAGAAACCAUCUGUUUCCAACUGAUCGAAAGAGCACAGUUCGCACGUAAUGCCAAAUGCUACCUACCAGGAGGUUUCCCGCAACUCAAGGAACGAGAAGGCUGGAACAGCUCCUGGCUGGCAUGGUUUUUGAAGGAGACAGAAAGCGUCCAUGCCAAAGUUCGAAGGUUCGAGGCUCCCGAUGAAUACCCUUUUACAGACCCCAAGCUGCUUCCCAAACCCAUCCUGGAACCAGUCACCUAUCCAGAGCUGCUGUGGAAGCACUCGGUGAAUGUCAACGAUCAGAUCCUCAAGUUUUACGUCGACUCGAUCGUGCCGGAAAUCACAAAGACGCUGGGAGAGAACGCCGAUGAUGGACAUUACGGCUCUUCGGCCAUCCGCGACAUUGAGGUUUUGUCAGCUUUGAGUCGAAGGAUUCAUUUCGGAAUGUUUGUCUCCGAAUCCAAGUUCCGCGCCGAACCAGCUGCAUUUAUCCCGCACAUUCUCAAGCCUAACCGCGAAGCGCUGGCGGCGCUCAUCACGAAACCUGCGGUCGAAGCGGCACUGCUCGUGCGCUUAGCUGAAAAAGCCAAAGUGUAUGGACAGGACAUGGAUCGUCCCGGCGCCAACGCGGAGGAACGUGAUCAGGCACGCAAGAUCGAGGUCGAUACCGUGGUGAGGAUCUACAAGACGUUCGUCAUUCCGCUGACCAAGGAGGUCGAGGUGGACUACUUGCUGACCAGGCUGGAUGGCGUGCCGGAAGAGCAAGUGCGAGAGAUGUUGCAGAGCAACAAGUUUGUAAGCUAG